AUGCCUUCAACGGAUCGCCAAACUGCCUUGGAUCUUUAUAAGUAUGUGAAGUAUUUUCUUCAGGAACGUAAUAGCUAUUUGUCACUCUCCUCUGCGUCUCCUGACCUUAAUAUUCCAUUAUACCUUAGAUCUUCGGUGGAGCUUGAGGAAAGGUUGCGCCAAGUUUCCAAACACAAACCACCAUACGAUAAACAAGUGACAGCUCUACGCAUUAGUUUACGUGAUCACUACGAAAGAAUCGUGCUUCUUGAUUAUGAAUUGUCGCAAUCGAAGGAAGUCGAGCAAAAUUUGUGGAAAUAUGUAUAUUAUAAGUUUAUUGAAGAAUAUAGAAAGAAAAUACGCGCUUCUUUAAAUAGCGGUGAAAAAUCUAAGGGCGCUCCACGAAAGUUAUCCAGUGCAUUUCGUUCAUUCCUACAGGAGGCGACAGGUUUUUACCAUGAUUUCGUCAAGAAACUUGCCGUUCAUUUCGGGUUGAAACAGCUGGAUCCGAUCAUCCAAAAAUUUGGAUCGACCUUGGAAUCCACUGAUACUUCCCACUGCCCUUAUGAUGAUGACAUCAAGCAGAAAGUUGUGCUUAGUUGUCAUAAAAUUUUGAUAUUUCUUGGUGACUUAGCUCGUUAUCGCGAGUUGCAAAAUGACAAACUACGCAAAAAUUGGUCUACCGCCUGCGAUUAUUAUAACAAUGCGAGGCAAUUGGUUCCUGAGAGUGGAAAUCCUCACAAUCAACUGGCGGUUAUCGCAACUUACAACGCCGAUGAUCUUUCAGCCGUCUAUCAUUAUUAUCGGAGCCUUGUCCUGAGGUAUCCCUUCCUAACGGCCAAGGACAACAUUAGCCUUUUGUUUCAAAAGGUCAUGAAAUCUUCUACCGAAACUUCGGAAAGAGUUCAAGAAAACUCUCGGGAAAUCGGGAACAGACGUCGAUUCUCUCAUCAACGUCAAACUAAUAAAUCGCGAACUGGUGAUGCUACACAGUCAUUUUUCGCGGAUUUCAUUCGGCUGCAUAGUAUUUUGUAUUUGAGAGAAGGCAUAGAAUUUUAUUCAGAGUUGAAAAAUUCAGAGUUGAAUAAAUUGAGAGAGCUCACUCAAGCGCGCGCGUUGGAUUCUGACCAACUCUUAAAGUUCACUGUUAUUAAUAUGGCUGCCUUAUAUGUGAUUCGACGCACUUCCAAUGGAGAAAAUGCUCAUUCUGAUCAUGGUCUGAAGGCUACGAAUAGUGCUCAUUCGCAGUCUUCAAAAAAGUUCCUCGUUGAAAAGCAUGCUGUCAUGCUAAUUUUAGACACCCUUUCGACUUUGUUGGAAAUGUGUAAUUUUGAGUUGACCGACGUUGUAAACGGAGGGUUGGAACAAAACCGCAAUGCGGUGCAAAUUCUCCCAGCUCCAAUCAAAAGAAGCCUGAUGUCUAUUCGAGUCAGUGUGAAAUGGAUUUAUUCAAGUCUCGACUAUCUUACCAGAAUUUCAACGCAGAUUUCGAAUGAUCCCUUUCUUAAAGACGAAUUCGUAAAUUUUGCGAGAUUUUGGGAGCAGUUUGCAAAAUUUCUCAAUACAAUGGAACGACUAUUUCCUCACGAACAUGGAGCUCCUUUGGAC